CUCCCCUGUCCUGAGACUACACACCUGCUGCCAAGCUCAGGUCCUAUGACCUUCCUAGGCCCCUACCAGUCUCUCAGUGGUGUCCAGCCCACCUUAAUAAGAGCCUGUGAUUUCAGAGCCACAUGGAGGCAGGGGAAGGGCCAGCCAGUGACGGGUCAAAGGGGACCUGCUCUAUAAACUCCAGUGGCACUGGGGACACGGAAGACAUACCCACCAAAUUCUCUUGCACCAAGGCUCCUUAUAGGGCGGCUGAACCGACACGGGUCAUAAAAUGAAGGAGAAGCAGCACACGGUCUCACACUUUCUAGGUGGGGUCUUGUUGGUGACACACUUAUCAGAAAAGCCUACAGAGGGGACAGGGUGGCGUCUUAUCUAACCGCACAGCUCAGCCACAUGUUUCCCACCCAGGGACCUUGCAACACAGUUCUCAAAGAACGUGAGAAUCGCUGUCCUAACGCCAGGGCCCACUGAAAGGGCAGCCUCUUGCAGGAAGCCCUGCCUCCCUGUUUGAAUGCCCCACUCAUCCCCAGGGCAACUGAACUUCCCUUUGCUUCUCGGCCCACUGUCUCUUGACUUGUAGCUAUGGGGCCCCUGAGGCCAGCCAAGGCUUUCCCUUCUAGCACUUGUGACCACAGUAAGGCAGAAACCUCUCCUGGUUGCUGCUGUAUCCAAAGUGUUUUGUUCUAAGGUCAGCUGGCCAGCAGUCCUCCAUUUCUGGCUUUGCCCCUUUCUCCAACUCCCCCCACCCCCUGCCGCCGUGGCCAAUGUUCUCAUUUAUCGCUGUCCCCAUUUGCAAGAUGUCUACGGUGGCUUCAGCUUGAUUGCCCAGUAACCUCCAAUAAUCAGCCCUGUGCAGACUUGUUGACUUCGUGGGAAUACAUCAGUGAACAAAACUAGGUCCCUGUCCUCCUGAAAUCUACUUUGCAGCUGGAGAGACACACAGUAAGCAAAUACAGUUAAAUAAAUAAUGACUUAAUCAAGUAGUGAGUGAUGAAAUCGCAGCCAGGAUGGGCGAGGGGAAGGAGAAGGACUCCAAAGAGAAGCAAGCAGGCCCGGAAUAGAGGAAGAGGCCGUUUCAGCCGCAGCCCUUCGUGGGCCCCAUCAAGCGGCCGAGCCCAUGAGCGCCUGGAAAUGAAGCCUCGCCCUGGGACGGCCCUGGUGCCUGGGUCCCUGGAUCCCGCCGGGGCUCUCCAGCCACGUCCACAGCCACGCCCUCCAGGUCACCUCCUCCCGGAGCCCGCCCGGCCCUCCUCUCUCACCUGCAGAACCCGAGCCUGGCUCGUAGGAUGCGAUGCGGUCGCCCCCUGCUCCGAAUCCCGAGCCAGCCUCCGCCCGGGCGGCGAACGUGGCCGCAGGAGCCGGGAGACCCCGCCCGUGAAGCUCGUGUUACCGCCCCGGCCUCUCCCCGCCCAGUACCCACCAGGCCUUGGGAUCUGCAAAGUCCUCAGCACUCACACCGGAGGGAAACUGAGGCCCUGGAGGGUGGGGACCCGCCUGAGCCUCAGGACUUGUCGGUGAAGGAUGACCUCGAACUCCGAGCACAAACCUCAGGCUACCCACAGGCCUGCAGCCCACCACCGAAGGAGAAUUAGGGUGUCCUUUUUUUCCCACAAAAGUUCUCCCUUACCGGCCAUCCAGUCCCACCCCACCCCGGCAGAGCCAAGCCUGGCAAGUCUUUGGUAGGGCGCUUCCUAGGGCGAGCUCCUACAGAGCCUGCAAAACCUGCCGAGUUUCUCAACCGAGUCCUUGGGUCAGCCCCAUCUCUGCCUCUCGAAAUUGGCCAUUAGGGCUCCUAUCACCCGCCGGUGGGGAUCUGCAGUCCACAUGUGGUCCCGAGGCUCUACCUGGUUGUCUGUCCAUCCACAGGCUUGCAGGGAGGACUGCGGGAAAGCAGACAGGAUUCCCAGAAGCCCUGAAGGCAAAUGCGUUCAAAUGCCUGCCCGAGAGCUUGUGGGUUCCCACCUCAACCUCCGCUUUGCAGUUCUUGAAGUCCAGAGGGCCCUUUCUUCUCACCCUACCCCCACCGCUAGCCUCAGGGCUCCUUGACAUUUAGGUCUCAGCUGCCUGACCUCACAAUGUAGAGAAAGAAGCAUACGCUACACCCUGCUUUGAGUUGCGCUGGAUGGAUUUUUGUGGGGUGCAGUGGGUGUUUGUUAUUGUUGUUUACGAACUUUUCUUCAGUUAAUAGAAGUGAAUAUGUUACAAGGUGGAAACUGCCUGGGGAAAUAGAGCAUGGGCUUCUCAGGGUGGGAAGCUUGUGGUUUAAAUAGAAUGAUCGGAGCAGACCUCACUUUGACAAAUAAUUAAGGGAUAUGAGUGUGUCAGCAUUCUAGGCAGAGAGGACAGCUAAUCCAAACGACCCCCACCCCACCCCCAGGGCUGCUGUAUUUGAAGAGCUACAAGCAUAAUGAGGAAGGUGACCGCAGGAAAUCGGGCCAAAAGGUAGAGGGUGGGGCUUAAAAAAGCCAUUGCUCCAGACUAAGAGGGUAGACAAAGAUGGGCUUGAGAGAGGCAUGGCCACGACUGGCUGGGGUUCUCUUUGGGUUUUUUUUUAUGUGUAUGAGUGUUUUUGCCUGCGCGUAUGUCUCUGUGCACCCUGUGCAUGCCUCGUGGCCUCGGAAGAGGGUGUCAGAUCCCCUGGAUCACCACGUGAGUCCAGACACCGAACCCAUGUCCUCUUCAAGAGCGACAAGUGCCCUUAAGCACUGAGCCAUCUCUCCAGCCCACAGAGCUGAGUUUUCAAGGUUUGCCUUGGCUGCUGUGGAGAAAGUAACCUUAGCUAGAAGAAGCAGGAGGUCACUGAGGGGCUUCUGUGUGAAUCAUCCAGACAAUAUGUGAGGAGCCCAGCCUUGCUGUGUGAGACAAGGGGUAAAGUCCCAAGGUGGCGAGCACAGGAUUUGGGGAGAAUUACACGUGAGGGCUGAGGAAAAGAAGAGGUAGAAUGUACUGAGCUUUGGGCUGCAGCACAGAGAAGUAAGUUUGCCUGAGAUGCACUGUUGAGUUAGGGACCGGUUAUGAUUACCAUCAGUGUGAAGGCAUCCAGAGAUAGCAUUUGGCACCAACAUAUGUUCCAUAAGUAAUUGAAUGGAUGAAUGAGUUUGGGGAGUGGGUGGGCGAAUAACCCUUUGGUUGUCAGAUGGAGGGGAGGGGACAGCCUCCUAACCUUCGAGGGCUGAAAUACCGCCUCUUCACUACGGGUUUUUGAGCAGUUAAGGGCCAGGUUUCUGGGCUGUCUCCUUUCGCCCUCAGUAUUAAUUCACUGCACCGCCACUUACUGAGAGCGGGCAGUACGGGCCACCACCCGCGCCCUCUGGGGCGGAGCACAGGGGAUACCAGUCAGACCUGCGCGUAGCCGAGCGCGCGCAGAGUCCUGGAGCCGAUUCCCACGGGGACGCGCCUCGGGAGCGCGCAGAACGUGAGUUUAAAUGGGCGGAGCUUAUGGAGGCUGGCCUCUGGGCAUAGAGGGAGGGCACGGCGUUGCUAAGGGAUUCUGAUUGGUUGCUCUGGGAGGGUUGCCCCGCGAUGCUCCGCCUCCGGGUCGCUAUAGGUACGUGUGGCAGCGGCUGGGGGCUCUUGAGGGUGAGCGCACAGCGGACCGAGCGAGCGAGCGAGCGAGAGGUUCAACAUAUUAAGCUGAUUUGAGCAGAGAAGAUUCGGUUGGGUCCUGAGAGUUGAUUCCAAAGCAAUGUUGCAGAAGACAGGUAUGUGGGGAGAACACUUCCUCUCUUCUUCUUGGAACUGGGUCAGGAAAAGCAAGGAGAUGCUCCCCACCCAGGAAUUGUUUCCCCUCCAAAGAGGGGCACUUCCUUUCUCAGCCCUGCUCCAGUGUAGAGGCCCAUCCUACCGGUGCCCUUACUGGCCCUGGUGACCCAGGUGCUGAUGCUGGAGAAUGGGCUCCUGCGAACACCACCUAUGGGCUGGCUGGCCUGGGAACGUUUCCGAUGUAACAUUGAUUGUGACCAGGACCCAAAGAAUUGCAUCAGUGAACAGCUCUUCAUGGAGAUGGCUGAUCGGCUGGCCCAGGAUGGCUGGCGGGACCUUGGUUAUGUAUACCUCAACAUCGAUGACUGCUGGAUUGGUGGGCGUGAUGCCAGUGGCCGCCUGAUCCCUGAUCCCCAGCGCUUCCCUCAUGGGAUUGCUUUCCUGGCUGACUAUGCUCAUUCUCUGGGUCUAAAGCUGGGCAUCUAUGAGGACAUGGGCAAAAUGACCUGCAUGGGUUACCCUGGCACCACUCUAGACAAAGUGGAGCUGGAUGCCGAAACCUUCGCCGAGUGGAAGGUGGACAUGCUGAAGCUGGAUGGCUGUUACUCCACAGACAGAGAACGUGAAGAGGGGUAUCCCAAGAUGGCUGCUGCCCUGAAUGCCACAGGCCGUCCCAUCGCCUUUUCUUGUAGCUGGCCAGCCUAUGAAGGGGGCUUACCCCCCAAGGUGAACUACACUCUGAUGGCCAACAUCUGCAAUCUUUGGCGCAACUAUGAUGAUAUCCAGGACUCCUGGAAGAGCGUGGUCUCCAUUCUGGACUGGUUUGUGAAAUACCAGGACAUACUGCAGCCAGUGGCAGGCCCUGGACACUGGAAUGACCCAGACAUGCUGAUCAUCGGGAACUUCGGCCUCAGCUUUGAGGAAUCCCGGGCCCAGAUGGCCCUGUGGACAAUACUGGCAGCCCCCCUCUUCAUGUCCACAGACCUGCGUACCAUCUCCCCCCAGAACAUGGACAUUCUUCAGAAUCCACUCAUGAUCAAAAUCAAUCAGGACCCCUUAGGCAUCCCAGGACUCAGGAUCUUCAAGAGUGAAUCCCAAAUUGAAGUGUACAAGCGGCACCUGUCCAAUGAGGCCAGUGCCCUGGUCUUCUUCAGCCGCAGGACAGACAUGCCUUACCACUUCCAUUCCUCCCUCUUGGACCUGAGAUACCCCAGAUCCAGAGUGUAUGAGGGCCAGAAUGUCUUCACAGGGGGCAUCAUCAGUGGCCUCAAGAGUGAAAGCAGCUUCAGUGUGGUCAUCAAUCCUUCCGGGGUUGUGAUGUGGUACCUUUAUCCCAUCAAGAGCCAGGGGCUCUCCUCGAAGAUGUCCCGGUUGUGAGGACCCAAGAAUGACAGGCUAUGGCAGCCCCACUGAGCCCGGACCAUGGAGCUUUGGCAUGGCCAAGGACAUGGCAGGGUUCUGUCCUCCCCAGGCUGCUUGGCGAUGUGAACCCCCCAUCAUACCCAAAGUACAUUUUCAGGGGCAGUUUCCAUGUCCUGCCAGAGCAGGGGCCCUCUUGGAAACUAAUCUUGGGGCAGUUUCCUGUGGCCUUCUAGCCUCUGCAGAUACUCCACAGCUCUGCAGAUAUUGCGGAACAACUUGGCCAGCCUCCUGAGGCCCCCAUAGGCAGGGCACUGAUGCCCAUGGGAUUCUAGCCUCUGACUUUGCUGACUCAGAAAUCAGGAUUUGGAAUUUUUCGAAUUAAGAGUAGAGAGCCGAUUCGGUGCCAGGAACUCUCACAAAUCAUGUGACUGGCCUCUGGAGAAGGCCUUUACAAUUGACACCUUGGGGGCAACGGGUGGAUUGGAGACCUUAGCUCCCUUGGGUCACCAAUAAAGCUGUUUAUUUUUUAACUGUU